ACAAUGGUCCGGUCGACGACUUGGUUUGCCAUUUGUAUGAUUGCCUCCAAACGUCUGCACAACACUAUAUUCAUACGGCUAUUGAGGGCACCGAUGGCUGUGUUUGAUAACAAUCCUAUCGGUCGUAUACUAAAUCGAUUCACGAAGGAUCUGGGUAUUAUUGACGAGAUGUUACCAUCCACGUCAUUCGAUUUGAAUCUGACCGUAUCGCAAGCAAUAGGCAUACUAGUGGUGGUGACUAUAAUAAACCCCUAUUUAAUAAUACCGGGUGUCAUACUAUUUGCUCUGACAAUAGUCAUACGCUGGGCUUACAUUAAAACUGCACGUGAUAUUAAACGAAUGGAGGGGCUAACGCGUAGUCCAGUGUAUUCGCACGUGAGCACUACCCUUAACGGGUUGGCCAGUAUC